CUACUUAUUAAUUGAUUAAUGACACAGUAUUUGUUUUUAAAGGCGAUGCGCUUUCUGAAGGUAGCCCAUGUAUGAUGGAGGAUGGAGGUACAGGGAGAUGCGUUGAAUUACCGAAGUGUCCCAUUAGAAUCAUGGAGGUACAACAAAGCAAACGCUUUUCUACAUCCACGGGACGUUGUACUUUCAAAAAUUUCAUUGAAAUUGUUUGUUGUCCAGAAAAUAUUAAGUCUUUCACUAAAAGACCUGCUGAAAAAGGUAAAACUAGGUACUGUUCAUUUGAAUGAUAAUGCACAAUAUGUGCAACAUAUCGCAAUUGAUAAAAUAAUUUCUCAUCCUAAAUAUAAAAGAAGUAUGAACUAUUACGAUAUUGCAAUUCUAAAGUUAAAGAGGCCUAUAAAUAUUUCGAAAAAUAUUAUGCCAAUCUGUCUUCAAACUAAGCCAAUUCCAAAUCUACAACAAUUAGUGAAUAUGUCUUUAAUUGUUACUGGCUGGGGUGCAACAAGCUUUGAAGAUGAGGGAUCUGAAAUAUUAAAAAAGACUCCUAGUUUACAGAUUGAAGUAAUUUCCAAGACCGUUGGCACUCGGAAUUUUUAA